AUGGGAGCAAUUGAUGGUACCCAUGUUCCUGCAAAUGUUCCUGUUGAGAUUCAAGGAAAGUUUCGAGCUAGCUGGGAAGGAAGUGCACAUGAUUCACGGGUUUUAGGCGAUGCAUUAUCAAGACCUAGUGGUCUAAAAAUUCCAGAAGGGAAAUAUUAUCUUGGUGAUGCUGGUUACGGUAUUCGAAAAGGAAUCAUUUCUCCUUUUCGUGGAGUUCGAUAUCACUUGAAUGAGUUUACUGAACAUUCACCAGAAAAUGAAAAGGAGCUAUUUAAUCUUCGACACUCUUCUUUGAGAACUGCUAUUGAGCGAGAGAAUGCAAAAUGCAAGGGCAAGCACUUUACAUGGUCUAAGCCUAUGUCUCACAUGCUACUUGAGAUAUUAGCUGAGGAGGCACUUAAAGGAAACAAACCUUCUUCCACCUUUAGAGCAGAAUCUUUUGUUAAGGUGGCUACCGAAAUUAGUCAAAAGUUCAACGUUCAAUGCGAGCCUAAACAUGUUGACAAUCAUCUCAAAACUGUGAAAAAAGAAUGGGGAAUAAUAACCAAGCUUAAAAAUAAAAGUGGCUUUGGUUGGGAUGAUUGUUUGAAGAUGAUUACAGUUUCGAAAGAUGUUUAUGAUGAAGAAGUGAAGUAUCUCAACAAAAAACUUGACAUGUACGAGGCAAUGACAAUUGUUGUUGGAAAAGAUAUGGCAACCGGAAAUUAUGCCAAAUCAUAUGCUGAUGUCAACUUGGAAGAGAACACUGAAGAGCAAUCAAUUUCAAUUGAAAAUGAAGGGGAAUAUGAAGAAACUUCUAAGGGAAAAGAGACAUCUUCCUCUAGUACGCAAAAGAGGCAACAUAGGAAGAGAAAUCGCAUGUAUGAAGAUGAUGGUGUUGAAAAGUUGUCUAAACAGAUUGGAGAUGUAGCACUUGCAAUUCAAAGCCUCAGCAAAAAUCAACUUGAUGUUAAUGCGUUGUAUGCGGAAGUCAUGAAAAUUGAAGACUUUGAUGAGAUCACUCUUGGGGAGGCAUUUGAUCAUUUGGUCCAAAAUGAAAUGUUGGCAAAAGCAUUUAUGGCAAAAAAUGCUUAA